CGUGAACGAGGCACCAUAGACAGAGAACACAGCACGGGAAGAACAACUCGGCUCUUCGAUAAAAGUUCCCUCCUUUUUACUUUGAGCAUGACACAGCGUGCAUCUCCGUCCCGGGGCCGGCGCGCUCCGGUGAGUCCUUCGCAGAGAGAACGGCUUCUCGUCGACUCGGGGUUGGACCAGCGCUCCAGACUACUCUCGACGACCCAACACGGAGCCGCGACCGUUUCAGCUACAACAGGGCAGCUCGUGGACGAGGAGCAACACCCCCAUUCUGCGCAGCGUCACCAGUUACAGCUCCACCAAAAGCCGUUGUACCACGGCAAAAAUGGGGCAGCAGCGCGCACCUACCACAUCGACCCGGCAAAGUAUUCCAUUCUCCAAGCCGGAGGGUCUUCUUCGUCGUCCUCCAGCGCCAGAACCGGUAAUAUUAAGACAGCACAAUCGUCAACAUCUGCAGGAGCCCCCACCACCACCUCUGUGCAGACUUCUGCCGCUGACCAGCAAGAGCGUUCUUCAGCAGCAACAUUCUGGCCACCGCCGCGCACCAUGGCUCGGGAGCCGCACGGCGGCGCAAUCACCGGACGCAGCCCCGCUACCUCUUCCUCGGCAGUGGAUCUUCCAGUGGCGGUCGCGCCGUCGCCCGUGGAGAGGCACCGAGAGGUGGUGCAACAGCUCGGUGGUUCAUCGGUUGGUACGGCUUCUGCUUCCGCCGCCGCGACGAGUACAACAACCAGUCUUGUUUCGGCGACAACAUUUGGUGCAGCCCCGUCGACGACUUCAAGUGCGUCGAUUUCGCUCACGGGGUCGUACAUGGCAGAACUUUCGCAGCGUGUGGACGAGGCCCGGAAAAGAAUCAAGCUUUCCGAAAAUUUCAGUUUGCAUUCGGCGCGAGGAGUUGUAGAGUACCCUGCUUCCGGCAGGACGACGAGGACGACCCAGCAGGCCACGUCGGCGAUAAACGGGGACACAAACGAAGAUAUUUCAUCAAUAAACACUGCAGAAAGUAGACUGCCACUGCGUGGUGAUCCGGCCGCUUCCUCUUCUCGUGUGAGCAGCAAGAACAGGAGUUUUGAUGUUCUCCCUUCGGCGCAAGUGGCACCGCAGGAGCGGACCGGAGUUUAUAGCUUCGGCGGCGGAGCGGGAGCAGGAGCCGCUCCAGCACCAGCUACUUCGGGCUCUUCCUACGUCAGGCCAAGUGGCGGAGAUCUUCAUUGUGGGUCCGAAAUUGCUACGUUUGCAACUACCAACGAGGCCGCGUUUUUUGUCGACACCAAUGAGCGCCAGCUGGAAGCUAAUGUUCCAGCGGAGAGCGAUUCCGGAGGAGAGGUGCCGAGCGAGGACGACUCGGAACUUUUGGCGCAUGAAGAGAAGGCACACACGGUCCUCUCACCGAUGUUGCCGCAGACCUUUGUCGGCAACAAGACCACAACAACCUCGGUUGAGGACGUGCAAAAGCUGAAGGAAAAAUACCUCGCGAAAGCUGCAGCCGCGGCAACGACAACCCCGCGAACAGGUGAGGAGCCACAGACUGUGCCGUCCACUACCUCAGACCCGGUCGUGGUGACCUCCGCUCGAAGCCGGUUGGCACAACCCAGGUUCUCGCCCGUCGCGGUAACGAAUAAACCAGAAGUUUCAACAUCGAUGCAGCUUGUAGGACAAACUGGGUUUGGGCCUAGCUCGAGUAUGAAGGCUGCCGGGUCGUCGGAAGAUACAACUCUAAUAUCACCCGCAGCAGGAGGCAAAGCAGAUUGUGACUUUGCUGAGGACGGCUCGCAAGUCAUGGAAGACACCAAACCAAGCACGGAGCAGCUCAGCUAUAUCGCCGACCACGAUCCGCCUCCUGCGGACAACGCAGCUUCUACGAUGGAGCGGGUGCAAGUAGCGGUUCGGAUCCGCCCGCUGAUCAGCCGCGAGGCCCAGAACGGGUGCGCGGAGUGCGUUGUUUGUCCGAAUGGCAGCAGUUCGCUGGACAACAGCAACCCUGCAACUACGUCGGCGGGGGCGUUACACUCAACACUCGCAACACCCCACUUCGACCCGGUUGUUGCGAUUGGGCAGCAGCGGUACACCUUUGAUUACGUGUUCGGCACCGAUUCGACACAGCAGCAAGUGUUUGAGACGUGCUGCCGCCCGUUGGUGCCCGGCGUCUUCGAGGGGCUCAACGCCAGUCUGCUCGCCUACGGGCAGACCAGCGCGGGGAAGACCUACACCCUGGGCAGCUUUGCGCAGGCGGUCCACAACGGGCUGGGGGACGCGCAGUCGGGCAUGAUCCCCAAGUUCGUGCAGUGCUUGUUCGCGGAAAUGGAAAAGCGGAAGACGGAGAAGUUUUUGGUGCGGUGCAGUUUUCUCGAACUCCACAACGAGGAGUUGAAGGACUUGCUGGCUAGUAGCAGCUAUCCUGUGCAAAAGUAUCGUACUCGUAGUAAUUGCAAUCGUGCAGUACAAAUCUCUUUCUCAAGGCAAAUCUGCAUUACAAAUUCAGUUUCUCAUGCUGAGAAAAUUUGUCAUGCGAUUUAUACUAGUGCGAUGCUUUUGCAAUGCACAGCAGCCUGUCGGCUGCAAGUACAGCAACUUCUAGUGGUGGAGCGGCGGGGGCUUCGUCUUCUUCUUUGCAGGGGCUUGUGAUUCGGGAAGACAGGGAACGAGGUAAGAGGUUAAAAAGAAUGCUGUAGGGAGAUGAAAAUUUGGAAGAAUAAUUGUUUUGUUAGCUGCUGCUCCCUAGCCCUACGUAAGUCGCUGUAUGCAGUUGUCGCGUUCCACCUGCUGUGGCCGCACGAGUUAGUGCCCGAUUCAUGUUGUUGCUAUUUCUUUCUAGACACUCGGUAUUUGUUGAAGGCUAUUUGAAACCCCGCCAAGGCGUCGUCGUUUCCGGACUCCGCGAAGUGGAGGUGCGAACGGCCAGUGACCUCCUGAAAGUUCUGGACCGGGGUGCUGUGUACAGAACCACCGGCGCAACUCUAAUGAACGACUACUCCUCGAGGUAUAUGUUGUUUUCUGACGUAGAGGUCUCUCUUCUACAAAUGGCCAGGAAUUCCAAUUCGAUCCUUAUUCCCGCUAGACCUGAUCAAGAAAUGAAAACAAUACGACAACAUCAACUCCCCAUCGAACUCGAAUGAAAAGGUCUCACGCGGUGUUUUCCGUCGUUGUGGAACGGCAGAAGCAGGACGGCGACUGCCUGACGGCAAAGCUGCGGUUUGUGGACCUUGCCGGGUCCGAGCGCGUGAAAAAGACCGGCACGAUGGGGGACCGGUUCCGGGAGGGCGUGGCGAUCAACCAUAUCGCAAGAAAAAAGUGUUGCAGUUACACAUUGUGUUGCAGGCCAAGCAAGACAGAGCAGCUCUGUCAUGCCGGAUAUGCAUAGGUGCUUCGUUUCAUAGGUGUUUUCCCUUAGGAUUUCUGCAUUGCAAGUUUUCUCUCUCAUGCAGAGAAAUAUGUGUUGCUGAAUUGACAACAAGUGUGUACCUGUAGUACUUUUUUCGUGCGAUUAACGAGGGCCUGCUCGCACUAGGAAACGUGAUUGCGGCGCUCGGGGACGCGAGUCUGAACAAGGCGCACGUGCCGUAUCGCGAUUCCCGCCUCACCCGGCUCCUGCAGGACAGUCUGGGGGGGAAUUCCCGGACCGUAAUGCUCGCGUGCGUCAGUCCGGCAGACGUCAACUUCGGAGAAAGUUUGAACACAUUGAAGUAAGUACUUGUUUUUUUGCUGCUUGUUGAUCGAUGAUCCGCCGUGGCCUACGAGUUUUCUUUCUACCAAAUGAAAAAGGAAUCGCAAUUGAUCGUGUUCAGUUCAAUUAUGGUUGGAUGUUCAAUACCUAUCGCCUUGUCGACAAAAAAACUCCACCAACCCAGGUACGCCAACCGUGCGCGCAAUAUUAAGAACAAAGUUUCCCAAAAUCUCAACGUGGAGGACGCAGAACUGGUGAAAAUGAAGCAGCGCAUAUGCAAGAAAAAAACUGUGUAAGUGUAACUUUGUAUAUGCAGAACAUGCAACAGAGUUACGCCUGUCAUGCCAGACAGCCAUGAAGUCCUCUUUUCAUGUGUGUUUUCCCUUACAAGCAACGCAUGACCGGUUUUCGCUGUCAUGUAGAGCAAAUUUGUGAUGCUGUCAGCCAAGCAAAGUUACACGAACAGAGUUUUUUUGUUGGAUAGCGCAUCCAGGAGCUGCAGCUGGAACUGUUGAUUGCGAAAACGGACAUGAGCGGCCGUGGUGCCGGCGGAAUUACAUCGGCUACGAUGCGUUCCGACGGGCAGAUUUCCGACGUGGUGGCGGAACUGCGGGAGCAGCUGGACCGGUUUGGAAAAGAGAACAAACAGCUCCAGAGCGAAAACACCGAAUUGAAAAUCAAGCUGCGCGAGGCCUCGGAGGAAACGGAGAAACUGCGGGCGCAGCACAAUUUCAUGGCCAGUAAGCUGUUCACGACUGACGACGAUGGUGACACAAACGAUUUGGCGAGCAACGGGGAAGGUGACUUGGAGAAAAAAGCUUUGAAAGCGUACUUGAAAGAGAUCGACGACCAGAAAAAGCGGAUUCGGAAUUUAGAGAGCAGACUGCAAAAAGCGGUGGCCGAUCAGAAGAUCGCAAACAACAACAGUUCCGAGUUGCAGCGCGUGAUCGCACAGAGUCGCGCGCAGGUCCUCGUCGAUGCAUCUUCAUCGCAACAGAUCCUCGUUGCCAACACAGCUCCUCGAGAGGCAACAUCAAACAAUACCGGCAGCGCCGCCACAGCUUCUGCAGCGGAAGAGCCGCCCCUGGACAUGGAUGAGCUCGAGGACCUCACCCACGCGGCCACGGAUCAGGCCGAGGAAGAGACGUUUCGGAAGGAGCAGCAGAAUUUUAUUGUGAGGAAAAAUCCCCCCUCCCCAUAUCAAAACGAAGUUUCUGAUGCUGGAUUUGCGUACACAAAUCAGAUUUGUCCUGCUAGAGAGGCCUGCACGCCUAUGCUGACCCUGAGUAGGGAGGUUUUGGGCUAGGCGCUGAGCAUGGCAAACGUCUAGUCUGUAGGGCCAACAGCAUCACAAACCGCCUGCAGAAUGCGGCGGAGCCUGUGGGGUUGCGUUCUUGCAAGACAGAGACGAUCUGUGGUCACCAAUCAGCAUUACAAAUUUCUUGAGACGUGCCUUUUCGAUAUGGGGAGGGGGGAUUUUUCCCUUUGAUAAAUUUGCAGGAGCGCAUGGUGGAUUUGGAGAAGGCUAUAGCAGAAAAAGAGAAGUUGAUGGAGCAGCUCUGUUUCCAGGAAAGGGCAUUUUACAGCAUGAAACAGCGUUACGAGUCCCGGUGCAAGGAGCUCGAGGACCAAAUCGCGAAUGUGCAAGCGGACAAGUUGAAACUGGAAAAGGAAAUCUCGGAAAAGGGCAGUAGUACCACCACUGGUCCGCUGUCUGGUAGUGCUACAACAACUCCAACGCCGGUAAGUAGUAGUUCUAAUCAGAAGCAGGCGCUGCUACAGGGCAAGCUCGCGGAGGUUAACCGGCACUUGACGCAGCUGCAACGGCAGCAGCAGGAGGCGCAGCGGCUGUUUCGCGCCAAGGAGGCGCAGGAACGGAGGAUGCUGAAGAUGGGCGACGAGAUCGCGCGCCUCCGGGGCCAGCGCGACACCAUCCAGCACCGGGUGCGGCAGGAGGAGAACCGGUUCCGGAAGUGGAAGAAGGAGUGGCAGGCCAAGUACAAAAACCUGCAGGAGGAAAACAACGCGCUGACCAGUAAAAUCCGGAGGCAACAGGUGCUCGCGGGCACGCCGGUAACCUACCCCGCGAAUGUCAGUGGUGGGUCGACGUCCACGCUCCGGUCCGGGGCUGCGACGCCCUUGCUGGUUGGAACCUCGCAGCCGCGAACACCACUCGGACUUGGUGGUUUGAAGUGGAAUAGUACAGCUGCAGCUUCUAACGCAGCAACGCCGGUUGGAACUAGACAUUCCAGCGGCUCGACGCAACUGCAACAUCCCCGCGGGAGCAGUACUACUAGUGGUACUACAGCGGGAGGUGUUGAACAAACCUCCAAUGCAACGAACAAAACGCAGCUGCUAAGCGGGGAGAUCGCGCAGCGAAAAUUGUGGGUGGAGCGCGAGAUGGCCCGCGCACAACGGCUGAAGGACGCCAACACGAAACUGGAAAGAGACCUGCGAGAGCGGGACGAUAAGGUUUCGCAACUCCAGCAGUUAAACGAAGAGCUGCAAAAGCAGCUGUUGACCAACGGCGACGACGAACAAAUGCUGCGGGAGGAGAAAGAAACGUUGCAAGCCGAGCUCCAGUACGACACCGACCGGAUCGCCGAAACGCAAAAGGAGCUCGCAGAGUUACUGCAAGGGGAUAAUGGUACAGGUACUUCCACUAGCAGCAGCGCUACUUGUAGUUCUACUACUUCAAGGUGGCCUGCUAGUGGUACUGGCGAUAGAGCAGGUGCUACAACAUCCUUCGGGGCGAAGCUAUUUGAGAAGCUGCAGUCGCACCGCAACGUGGCCACGGUGUGCGUGGCAGCGCUGGACCAAUUGGACGAGGCGUUCUCCGAGGCGAAAGCGCUCAAAACGCGCCUGCAGUCGCUGGAGGCUGAGAUCGAGCAGGGACAGUUGGUGCAGACCGACUUGCAGCAGCGUUUGGACGUCCAGCAGCAGGAAGCGGAGAGGGAGCUGGCGGAAAUACAGCGGCUGCACGUGGAGAAGGAACUGGCUUUGCUAAACGAAGUGCAAGGUGGUGUUACCUCUUCUACGCAGGUAGAAGGGAACUCUGCCGGCCCUAGUGCAACGUCCACCUCUCCGGCAAAACAGAAUAAGCCAGGCAGUGGCAAUGGCAAGAAAUCCUCACUGUUGACCGGAAAUCACCAUAAUGAGGAGGAUCUGCGUUCGGAGCAGUUGCGGCUCCUACAAGAGCAGAACUUCGACCUGCGCAAACAAAACGACGAGCUGCGGCAAAGCGGGACAAGACCUGCGGAUGAACCAAGCGCCAGUACAGCGAGGAUAUUCCCCCCGCAAGGUCGUGACUCGACCGCAGAUCACCUGCAGGACGAACUCAAUCAGUUGAAAGAAACCGUUACCGACUUGCGGCGAGAAAACGCGGCGCUGAUAGCGGAGCAAGCAAGCAGUAGUAGUAGAAACAGCUUUUUGGAUCAUGAUCUGAGUCGAGGAGCUCCUGGUGACCACAUCAUGGAAGACUUGGAUAGUGGAACUCCUGGUGGUGGAUCAGGAACUUCGGGAUCUCUCGCGACAACACUCGUCGUACCAGGAUCAUCGAAACGAUCUAAAACAUCAUCCUCGAAGCCCGCAGCGGGCACGCUGAGCAAGUUGCUCUACGAGUUAGCGGACGAAGCCAUCGCGGCCAGCGCAGCCAGCAGUAAAAAGACGAGUGAGAGCAGCAGUGGUACCCAGUCGUCAGGCAGCUCCAGUGCUAGUGCGACCGUUUCGCAACCACAGCCCAGCCCCUUGCCGGCAAUUUUGGCGAAAGCGCAAGCUCUACUGUUUGACAUUUGGUCGGACGUGGGCAUGGGCGCGGAGAAGCAGAAAGCCCAGCUGUCGAUUCUGGAGAAGCGGGUCAUUGACAUCUGCGCCCACGAGUUGGAGCACCAAGAGUACCGGUGGUAUCAGCUGAGAAAAGAAGCCGGUCGGCUCGAGGAGGGGCUGUCCAAGUGCUACUCGAUUACAGUUGGGGGUUCUGGUACAACUUCAGCAUCUACUGGUACCUUCUCGGCGAGCGGUGGCAAGAACUACACAAGUGGCAGUGGCGCAUCGGGCAAAGCACUGAAUACCGGUGGCACAUCAACUGCAAGUGGCUCCUUACAACUACCGGCUGCAAGCAGUUUCCCGGAACUGCUCUCGAAAUAUGACGUCCGGCUAGCAACCACUGUGAAGCAGAACGGGUUUUAUAACCAGGGUAGUUCAACAUCAACGUCGCACUCAUCGACAGAACAACACCAGCAGCUACAGCAGCCAUGUGGCGCCAACGGCAACGCCGUAAAUAAUACACCAGGUAGUUUCAACAUAAAUGCGUCCUUGCUGAAGGGAAACAUCCUUGCCUCCACUGCGACGCGGGGGAAAAAGCCUUCCGCUUUGACCGCAGUGCUUGACAAGUAUUCUGUGUUGACCUUGUCUCCGCAGAAGCAUCAAGGAGAUCUCGGAACGUCAUCAAGCUCAAGUUCAUCUACCGGGCCAGCAAAUGGACUCGUCUUUCACCCCAUCGGAGGAGCUGCAGCAUCUUCCUCUUCCAGUUCUCUAUCGGAGCAGAAUUCAGCUGCUGUCGUACCAACUACCCCACUGCCGCUGCACGAACGGCUGCAGAAACUGCAGCACGUGGCAAAGGAUGUGUUGACCGAACAGGUCAGCCAGUUGCGCUUGCUAGCGGAGGAGCUCUACCUCGUCCCGGCGGGAACGAAAGCGGUGGGAGGAAGGAUCGCAAAGAAGUGGCUCGUGUAUGGUGGUGGAUCCUGCAACAUCCCGGCUGAAGGUGAAGAGCAAGCCGAGGUUGAUGUUGAUCCUGCAAAUGGUCGCGCGGAACGGCAGUCAUCUGCUAGCACAUCAACGACGUCGAGAGCAUCGGAUGUGGUACUGGUGUCGAAGAGCAGCAGUAGCUCCUCUACGCAGGCGACAUCAAAGUACAACUAUGCCUCCUUCACCCCCGGACCCCGCACCCUCGCGUCCGUGCAGCAGCAGCAAAACGAUUUUUCCCUGCAAGAAGCGCACGACGCGACUUUCCUACAGCCACCGAAAACACUGUGGGCGCCCAUGAGCGGAGUGGAGCUUCGCCUCUUUGUCGACGGAGAGAUAGCGAGUCUGACGGAUGAGGAAAAAGCGAGCAACUUGCUAACGCCAGGUGGAGUAGUUGCCUCAACACUGCCCGGAGGAGCCGGAGCUGGUGAGGCUACGACACUUGCUCCGUCGGUAGCUGGAGGAUCAUCGGGAAGUGGUGUACUAAAGGCGUCGAACCAAAGGAGCGAGCAUCUCCUUUGCGAAGUUGCACAGCGCAACCAGGAACUGCAGCUGGUCAAGAGAGCCGUCGCACACGUGAAGCAGAAGCUGCAAAAGGAGAUUUCGCGCUACAACAACCGAUUGGAACAACAAGGACCGGGCUUGUCGCAAGAGCAACAAGUAACUGGCGGUUCGUUUGGAGGGGGUUCUUUUGGCAGUAAGCAGGGUGCCAGUACUAGUACAACAACGCCACAUCAGACCACUUCCGAUGCGUCGAGUGGAGUAGACCACCAGGAAAGCAACUCGUCUUCUAUCCAGAUAAAAUCCCUCUCCGACGCACGGGCGGCCAAGCAUCGUGGGCAGCAGCAGGGAGCAUCAAACUCAAGCUCCUCUGCGACGUCCACACCGGUAGUUGUUGUGGAUCUGAGUAAGAAAACGGGGAAUACGCCGAAAAACAAAGACAAGAAGCAAAGCUCGUCAAGUAGAACAUCAGAGCAGGAAAUUCAAAGCGUCAUUUCAUCAACUCCCUGCUCGUUUUUCGAAGUACGAAAACUGGAACUGGAGCUCGAGCGGCUGCAGGAGGAGUGCCGGGCGGAAGUGGCCGGCGCCCGCGUCGAGCUUGCGGAAUUGUGGGAGGAACUGCAGACCCCGGAGGAGGAGAGAAACGGGUUCACCGCCCGGGUGAAGAGCCUGCUCAACGGGACCGGUUGUAAAAGUUCUGGCACGGAUUCCCAUUCCGCGGCAAGUAGUACGACCUCGACGCCGAUAAACAACGGGGCAGGAAUGAUUCAUCUUAGCGGUGUUGAGAAGAACGAUACUGGUACAACUCCCAGUGAAACUACAAGUAGUAGACCAACGUUGUUCGGAGCGGGCGGAAUAGCUGCAGGAGGACUCUCCUCUGAGACUUGUCAGCAGCUGGAUGCGGACGUGUUUGCCACAUUCGCAGUGUCGCUGCGCGAGGAAGUGGACGCAUCAACUUCCUCGAGUAGUACAACUGUGACUUUGGACCACGAUAGUUCAUCCUCGCAAGGCAAUUCCUAUUCCACCACGUUUGGCAGCUUCCUCGGACCACCUUCCAGCGCCAGCCCUGGCAGUUCGCCCCAUUUCGCCGGUUUUACGCUGCUGAGGCAAAGCCCGCUGAAGGCGUUGUUGCUUGUGCGUCGAGAAUGUCACCACCUGCGGGUGAAGACGGAGGCGCGGGCGAUCAUCUUGCGCAAAUACGACCAGUGCGUGCAGCUGAAAACCAAAAUAAGGGAGUUUGAAGCCAACACGCAGGAGAAAGGCGCGGAUCGGUUCAAGGUAGAGGCUGUCUUUGAGAUGACUUGACUCUUGUGCUUAAAUUUGAAACAUCCUUUUCGUGCGGUGUUUCGUGGUAGGCAGUCGUAGUCGCAAUGUAGCUCCUACCUACUCUUUUCAUCUUUGCAUGAGAGGUUUUUUGCUCAUAAAAAGAAGGAACUUAGCUCGCGGCAUCAAAGAAAGAACCCUAAAUCUUCACAUCACCUCAUGACAGGGCAACUCGAUUUUGCUCUUGCAGGAGGAACAGCAGCGGAAUCGGCUGCGGCGCAAAAAAGAGAAACUGGUCGAGGAAUUGCUGCAGAAGGUCGAAGAGUGGGAGAAUUGCUGCCAGGAGAAGUUUAUGCAAUGCAAAAGCAUCGCACUAGUAUAAAUUGCAUUACAAAUUAGCCCAGCAUUACAAAUUGAAUUUGCAAUGCUGAUCUGCCUUGAAAAAGAGAUUUGUAAUGCAUAAAUACAAUUACUACGAGUGCGAUACUUUUGCACAGGAUAAAGUUUCUCCUGCACGACUCCGACGCGUUGCUAAAGGACGAAAUCGUCAAGCUCCAGAUGGCCACCAACAUCUAACGAUUUUUUUUCGCAGUUUUCGGUUGUAGAGUUGAACGCCGGAGGUGCAGCGAGAAAUGUUGACGCCGAGUGUCUUGAUAAUCAAGACUCUAAUUGUAACAAUCAAUAGAAGUCGUAGUCGAGUUUUUAGAGAAUGAAAAAAACGCAGGAAGCAAAUGACACAACUUGAAGAAUAGGUAUUAACAAAGAUGAAAGUAGAGGAGUUACACGAUAAAAUCAACACAUUAACACAGGUAGAAGAAGCAGUCGUGGUACUAUGUUGCGCGUAGAAGUUGUCAUAAUGUUUACUUACAGCACGGCUCUACUACUAUCGUUUUUGCAUAAAAAUGAACGAGGAAAGCACCACAGUAGCUGCGCUAUGAAUUGGAUCGAAAAUGAACAAUGAUUUCAAGUGAGAAGGUCGCAAAAAAUGCAGCAU